ACAGUGCUCAUUGGAUCGGAGCCCCACACCAUGACUUGCUGAAGCCCUUUUUGCUGCUACCCACCCCCCUUCUCCUCAUUCAAGAUGGUCCUUCCGGAACGGAUGAGGUGGCGUCUCCUGCUGGCAGCCCUCACACUCACUUCCUGUCUACUGUCCGCCAUGGCCACGCCCUUUCCCAAGGACCUGGAGCCAAUCAAUGUUGUCGGAUGGGAGCGUGAGUAGCCCCACCAGCCCCCUGAUUGGCUUAGAGUGAUUUAAAAGGCCAAGUGGUGCAUUGUUGUGUAUUUUUCCUCUGUGAUAUAAGGGGAUUAAUUUAGUAGCACGGGACUGGUUGUUAGAGUGCCCUAAUAUGAUGUGACAUAUAAAUCUACCCCAGAGAUAGGGGAGGAAGAUUGCUGUGAUAUUUGUCAAUAGCAGCACGCAAGGAAACAGAUACCCUAUUUGCAUGGCCUAAAGCUGUCUCAGAGCCCUAAUGCUACCUUGUUAAUCCAUUGAUGAGCUGAAGUCUGGCUGUAGAGUUGGCCUACACAGGAGAUGAGUGUCUUGUGCAACUUAAACACAAUAUUAGAUUAAGCAGAGAUGUGCACUCAAAAUGGCCAUCAUUGGUUUUUGAGUGGGUAUUGGGCACAGUUUUCCCACAGUUCUCCAACUAUAUGUGGGUCUAUCGGCUCCAGGAGGUAUGUUUUACAUAAUAGUUAAUGAGCCGGACAGGUUCUAUACAUUAUCGGUGUGAGAAAGGUGGAUAAAGAGAGGCAAAGGAGAAAGUGUCACUGAGGGGCUGUCAUUGGCAUUGUGGCAUUAGACAGGAGUUGGUUUGUGCGGUCAACAGCUUAGAAUCUCGGAAGGAGAGAGGGAAAAAGAACGAGAGGGAGUUUACAGUGUGGUUCUGGUUUACAGUGUGGUUCUGGUUCUGGUUUACAGUGUGGUUCUGGUAUGCACAAAUCAAAGUCAAGGUAUAAUGCUGAACAUUUCAGACUGAUUUCAGCUCCUUUUUGCCAAAUGUAGUAGGUAACACACCUUGAAACCGAUUGAUUACGGAUCUCCUGACAUCUCAGACAGUGGAAAUGACAGCAUCAGACCUACCUACACUAACUGGGAGUGAGAGUGGACUUCUCAAGGGCAUUUUGUUUAGUGUUAGAGCAUAUUCGGCACCUCACUCUGCAUGUUGCAAGCUGGCAUCGUCUUUGCCAUCGACGAAAUGCCAACAGUCUUAUCAUUUAAUGAACACUUUUGCCUAGUCAUCAUAUUUGCUGUUGUGUUGUCCAAACAAAGCCUUUCGACAGAAGUUUAAUCUUACGGCUACAGUAUGUGCUUUAAUAAUUGCAAUUUAUGCAAAUUGCUUACGACAGAACUACAGUAGCAGACACUUUAUCUUAGCUCCCUCAUCCCAAGCCAAAUAAACUAUGGCUCUAUCAAACCUUGAUCUACCCUUCAGCAGGGUUGUGUUCAUUAGGCACCAAACGGAAGAAAACAGACAAUAAAAACAGGGAUUUGUCCAAUAAGAAACGCUCAUGUUUUCAAAAAUGUUAUGUUGCGUGCCUUUAUGAACAACACACAGGACUGGACACAAAAGGCGAGAGCAGGACUAGCAGAGGUUUCUGUUCAUUACCUUCCCCCCAGUCUGACCUUUAAGAAACAAGCAGGCCUCCUGAACCUGGAUACAGUCCACAGAAAGAACAGGACAUGACUUGAAUGGAAAGUGUCUGACCAGAGUGAAUGGUUUAGUUUAGCUACUGCAAACCUACGCCGUAUCCAUUUAUUGCCACUAGCAACUGAAAAUACAGCAAAUACUACGGAAUUAAAGAUUUAAACACCAUAUCACACCAAAAUGAGGCCUGUCAGGACCACGCGUGAUAACCAAUUAGAAAUGACGACUUGAGAUAGUAGUCAUUCCCAUAAGCUGUCCAGGAGUGAGCUGUCAUGAAUUGGAAAAAUCUUGAAAUGUAUGUGAUAAUUGAACUAUUGUUAUCUUAUAAUUUCUCUCUCUUUGUAGACUCCUACCUAUACCCAGGGUUCCAGGGGCUGGUGUCGGACAACGACACAACCAGACUAGGCCUGGACUUCCAGAGGAUGCUGAGGAUCAACCACAUACUCUACAUCGCUGCCAGGUCAGUCAGCCAAUCCACUGCCUCCAUUCUGGUCCACAUGUUAACAAUCGCAAACAAUUUAACAUCACAACCAGACUAACCAAUUUAGGGUCUGUUUCCCUGAAGCAUUUUCAAUGGAGAAUCCGGGAAACCAACCCUUAGAGUUUGCCUUUAUUUAUGAGACUAUGUACAGCACACCAUGACACUAAAUCUUAGUCUUUACCCCACAGGGACCAUGUUUUUGCAGUAAACCUGACCACAGCUGGUGACGACUUCGUCCCCCAGCUGGUAAGUUACGUAAUCAAACACUCAAUCAAACCUCACAUGGCUAUGCAAGAUGGAAUACAACAUAAAAAACAAAACAGGAACUAACAUGGCCUUGUGGUUUAUUACUGCACACUUUUGAUCUGCUUUUUCUCUUCUGAACACAAACUACCCAUCAUUUAUUUGCAAUAUGAAUUAUAUUUGUUUGUAGAAGUACCACAGCCUGGCCUCUACUGAGUUUUCCUCACUAAUGGACUUGCCUGCAAACAAUGGGCCUUAGCUUGGCUGCUCCCCCAGCUACCUCCCUCUCUGUUUAACAUGAAAGACCACAGGACCCUCAAGCGUAACCCCAAUAUGGCAAAAGUCCAGUAGUUAUACCCAGACCCCUUUUUCAUAUCAGCUUCCUAGAAACACCUGCUGCUGAUGGGGCGGCGAAGUCAAGCGAUGCUCUCAGCAGGCAGACCCAAAGUUCACCCAAAGGUCACAGAGAGGCCUCUUAACAGGCUAUGGCCACACAAACACAUUCUGUGAUUGCGUCUGGCUCUUUCUUUUAACUCUAUGUGUGGUGUGGUGGGGCUUUCUCUAGAGCAUGGUGUGGUGUCAUGUUUUGUUUCCCCCCCUUUCAUGUAUUGCAGAAGCUGACAUGGAGGUCCAAGGAUGUGGCCAAGUGUACCGUGAGGGGUAAAAACAGUGUGAGUAUCUAUCUCCACCAUGUUCUAUGUGUGUCUACUUUGAGGUUUGGAGAGAAAACACUAGCUACCGUUUGCCGUUCUUCAAUGGGAGAAUCGACUGUCCCUAGCAACAUAAGUGCACCCUAUAACAUAAUUGGAUGGUUUCAGGGCUCCAUCAUUUUAUUUGUUAAUUGUUGUGAUACCUAGUAAUGCAUCAGUGCUAUUUAAAAAAGUCUAUCCUGUGUGUUUUUCCAGGAUGAAUGCUACAACUACGUCAAAGUGCUGGUACCGCGGAACGAUGAGACCCUGUUUGCUUGCGGCACCAAUGCCUUCAACCCCACCUGCCGCAACUACAAGGUAUGUGUGUGCGUUUGUGUGUGUGAGUCUAGGUGGUGAUGUGUGCUGUUAAUUUCUUUUUUUCAUCAAACCUUUAGAUUCAAUAGAGCCAUGAUUGACGUUUGUUAAUUUCACCCCAAUUAGAAAGCUGUGAUUGCUGAUUUGCGGGCAUGCAGAGACAAUGAGCUAGUCAUUAUCACAAUGCAACAAUUUGAGUCUUCAUUCACCCCCUCUUUUGCUAAGCCUUUUGUGUGUUCAGUCCUCUUGCAUUGACAAGGUAUAAUUGCUUCCCGAGCAGUCGGUUUGCACUUCGAAAUUAAGUCAGCACCAUGCAUAUUCUUUCACUACUGUUUACAAUAUGGCCGUACAAAUUCACCUGUUUUUUGCAUACAAUACAAUUAGCAUACAUAAAAUAGUGAGGUUGUUGAAAAGGCAAGAAAGAUGACUUGUGUUAAGUUGCGUCACUUCAAAUCUGGUAUUGGAACAAAAGAGGUCAAUACAAGUCUUCUAAAAUAGACUAGUAUUUUAAUUAAUGCAAAACACUUCAAUGGUAAAUAUGAUGUUCGUAUAUACGGGUCCACUGAAAUACCACGCAGGGCAGACAGAGAACUGGUCCAUUGUUAUAAGUUCUUCUUUAAAUACUCUGACAGAGAUAGUUCCCGCUCCCUGCUGGCCAAUCAGAGUAGAGACUGAGCGUGGUUUAGAUUUACUCAGCCUAUCGUUGGCGCACAGGCUGGUCCCAGGUCCUUGGCGCUUCACUGUUGCCAGGCAUAAGUUGUUAUCAUCACAACUUGUCCAGAGAGUCAGCACUUUUGCAGUACACGUCCUUGAGCGCAGUUUAACAAAGAGGCAGUGUUUGUGUCUGUGUGAGACUCACAAGUCUUAUCUCCCCCUACUCCCUAACAUUCCUCACAUUAAUCACAGCUUGUUAUGUUAAACAAUUUAUAUCAGUACAGUACAAACCUAUUAUGUUUAAUCAUUAAUGCAUUCUUUCUAAGCUAGGCAUCACAUCUAGUUAUAAGAAAAUAGAGCCCCACACUUGUCUUGUCAUUUAGCAUUAGAAACGAGAGGUAAUUACAGCUAAUAGAAGGCAGUGAGGUGAAGCCAAUCAGACAGAUGUUGUUUUGUAGAUAGAUAGAUAUAGUGUAGAUAUUUUGUAGAUAGAUAUAGUGUUUGGUGACUCACAGGACUUGUCUGAACAUGUCACCUGGUGUAGGGAAAGUCCACAGAGCCCUUUACGAGUGAGUGUCAGGGGGAUGGCGGUGUUUAUAUUUCCUUAUGAAUAAUACAACGUGUGGAAUCUCGAGGUGUGUAUGUUCAAUUAUUGGAAGCUCAGAGCCACUGGACUGGUACAGAAGACUUCUGAGCUUAGAUGAUGCUUUAGUCUAGAGUAACUAGAGGUAAGAGACAGAACUAGUCUGUUUGGUAAUGUCGCUAAUAGACCAGACACUAACUAGAGGUAAGAGACAGAACUAGUCUGUUUGGUAACAUCGCUAAUAGACCAGACACUAACUAGAGGUAAGAGACAGAACUAGUCUGUUUGGUAACAUCGCUAAUAGACCAGACACUAACUAGAGGCAAGAGACAGAACUAGUCUGUUUGGUAACAUUGCUAAUAGACCAGACACUAAUUAGAGGUAAGAGACAGAACUAGUCUGUUUGGUAACAUCGCUAAUAGACCAGACGCUAGCUAGAGGCAAGAGACAGAACUAGUCUGUUUGGUAACAUCGAUAAUACACCAGACACUAACUAGAGGCAAGAGACAGAACUGUUUGGUGACAUCGCUAAUAGACCAGACACUAACUAGAGGCAAGAGACAUAACUAGUCUGUUUGGUAACAUUGCUAAUAGACCAGACACUAAUUAGAGGUAAGAGACAGAACUAGUCUGUUUGGUAACAUUGCUAAUAGACCAGGCGCUAACUAGAGGGAAGAGACAGAACUAGUCUGUUUGGUAACAUCGAUAACAGACCAGCAGAACUAGUCUGUUUGGUAAUAUCGCUAAUAGACCAGACGCUAACUAGAGGUAAGAGACAGAACUAGUCUGUUUGGUAACAUCGCUAAUAGACCAGACACUAACUAGAGGCAUGAGACAGAACUAGUCUGUUUGGUAACAUCGCUAAUAGACCAGACACUAACUAGAGGUAAGAGACAAAACUAGUCUGUUUGGUAAUGUCGCUAGUGGACCAGACGCUAACUAGAGGUAAGAGACAGAACUAGUCUAUUUGGUAACAUCGCUAAUAGACCAGACGCUAACUAGAGGUAAGUGACAUAACUAGUCUGUUUGGUAACAUCCCUAAUAGACCAGACACUAACUAGAGGUAAGAGACAGAACUAGUCUCUUUGGUAACAUCGCUAAUAGACCGGACAUUAACUAGAGGUAAGAGACAGAACUAGUCUGUUUGGUAACAUUGCUAAUUGACCAGACACUAACUAGAGGUAAGAGACAGAACUAGUCUGUUUGGUAACAUCCCUAAUAGACCAGACACUAACUAGAGGUAAGAGACAGAACUAGUCUCUUUGGUAACAUCGCUAAUAGACCGGACAUUAACUAGAGGUAAGAGACAGAACUAGUCUGUUUGGUAACAUUGCUAAUUGACCAGACACUAACUAGAGGUAAGAGACAGAACUAGUCUGUUUGGUAACAUUACUAACAGACCAGCAGAACUAGUCUGUUUGGUAAUAUCGCUAAUAGACCAGACGCUAACUAGAGGUAAGAAACAGAACUAGUCUGUUUGGUAACAUCGCCAACAGACCAGACGCUAACUAGAUGUAAGAGACAGAACUAGUCUGUUUGGUAACAUCGCUAAUAGACCAGACACUAACUAGAGGUAAGAGACAGAACUAGUCUGUUUGGUAACAUCGCUAAUAGACCAGACACUAACUAGAGGUAAGAGACAGAACUAGUCUGUUUGGUAACAUCGCUAAUAGACCCGACGCUAACUAGAGGCAAGAGACAGAACUAGUCUGUUUGGUAACAUCGAUAAUAGACCAGACACUAACUAGAGGCAAGAGACAGAACUAGUCUGUUUGGUAACAUUACUAACAGACCAGCAGAACUAGUCUGUUUGGUAAUAUCGCUAAUAGACCAGACACUAACUAGAGGUAAGAGACAGAACUAGUCUGUUUGGUAACAUUGCUAACAGACCAGACACUAACUAAAGUCUAUUAAUCUAAAGUGGAAGUUGGGAGAGUUAUAUUUGAGUGUUUCAGUGAAACGUGAGGGAGGCCCCGCUCUCUCGCUUUCCCAGAUGCUUAGUUAAUUUCAUUCCGAUCUCCUUUGCAUUAUUGUAGCCUUUUCUGUAGCCUGUCAACUAUGUGUCUGUCUAUCCCUGUUCUCUCCUCUCCGCACAGGCCAUACAAAUGCUUCACAUGGCGUGGCUGCUGCCAUUCUAAUCUGGUGGUCCCUGCGCGCACGACCCACGUGGAGUUCCAGGUCUCCGGUAGCCUCUGGAACUGCCGUUCUGCGGCCAACAAGGCAGAGUUCAUCUCAGCCUAUGCCAGCCUCCAGUCCCUCGUCUUCUUGUCGCUGACGGAAACAUGGAUUACUACAGAAAACACUGCUACUCCUACUGCUCUUUCCUCGUCUGAUCAUGUGUUCUCGCAUAACCCGAGAGCAUCUGGUCAGCGCGGCGGUGGCACAGGAAUCCUCAUCUCUCCCAAGUGGACAUUCUCUCUUUUCCCCCUGACCCAUCUGUUUAUCUCCUCAUUUGAAUUCCAUGCUGUCACAGUCACUAGCCCAUUCAAGCUUAACAUCCUUGUCAUUUAUCGCCCUCCAGGUUCCCUUGGAGAGUUCAUCAAUGAGCUUGACGCCUUGAUAAGUUCAUUUCCUGAGGAUGGCUGACCCCUCACAGUUCUGGGUGACUUUAACCUCCCUACGUCUGCCUUUGACUCAUUUCUCUCUGCCUCCUUCUUUCCACUCCUUUCCUCUUUUGACCUCACCCUCACCCUCUACUCACAAGGCAGGCAAUACGCUUGACCUCAUCUUUACUAGAUGCUGUUCUUCUACUAAUCUCACUGCAACUCCCCUCCAAGUCUCCGACCACUACUUCGUAUCCUUUUCUCUCUCGCUCUCCUCCAACACUACUCACUCUGCCCCUACUCAGAUGGUAAUGUGCCGUCGCAACCUUCGCUCUCUCUCUCCCGCUACUCUCUCCUCUUCCGUCCUAUCAUCUCUUCCCUCUGCUAAAUCCUUCUCCCUCCAAUCUCCUGAUUCUGCCUCCUCAACCCUCCUCUCCUCCCUCUCUGAAUCUUUUGACUCUCUAUGUCCCCUAUCCUCCCAGCCGGCUCGGUCCUCCCCUCCUGCUCCGUGGCUUGACGAUUCAUUGCGAGCUCACAGAACAGGGCUCCGGGCAGCCGAGCGGAAAUGGAGGAAAACUAGACUCCCUGCGGACCUGUCAUCUUUCCACUCCCUCCUCUCUACAUUAUCUUCCUCCGUUUCUGCUGCUAAAGCCACUUUCUACCACUCUAAAUUUCAAGCCUCUGCCUCUAACCCUAGGAAGUUCUUUGCCACCUUCUCCUCCCUGCUGAAUCCUCCUCCCCCUCCCCCUCCCUCCUCCCUCUCUGUGGAUGACUUUGUCAACCAUUUUGAAAAGAAGGUUGACGACAUCCGAUCCUCAUUUAUUAAGUCAAAUGACACCGCUGGUCCUGCUCUCACUGCCCUACCCUAUGCUUUGACUUCUUUCUCUCCUCUCUCUCCAGAUGAAAUCUUGCGACUUGUGACGGCCGGCCGCCCAACAACCUGCCCGCUUGACCCUAUCCCCUCCUCUCUUCUCCAGACCAUUUCCGGAGACCUUCUCCCUUACCUCACCUCGCUCAUCAACUCAUCCUUGUCCGCUGGCUAUGUCCCUUCCAUCUUCAAGAAAGCGAGAGUUGCACCCCUCCUCAAAAAACCUACACUCGAUCCCUCCGAUGUCAACAACUACAGACCAGUAUCCCUUCUUUCUUUUCUCUCCAAAACUCUUGAGCGUGCCGUCUAUAGCCAACUCUCCUGCUAUCUCUCUCAGAAUGACGUUCUUGAACCAAACCAGUCAGGUUUUAAGACUGGUCAUUCAACUGAGACUGCUCUUCUCUGUGUCACGGAGGCUCUCCGCACUGCUAAAGCUAACUCUCUCUCCUCUGCUCUCAUCCUUCUAGACCUCUCUGCUGCCUUUGAUACUGUGAACCAUCAGAUCCUCCUCUCCACCCUCUCCGAGUUGGGCAUCUCCGGCGCGGCUCACUCUUGGAUUGCGUCCUACCUGACAGGUCGCUCCUACCAGGUGGCGUGGCGAGAAUCUGUCUCCGCACCACGUGCUCUCACCACUGGUGUCCCCCAGGGUUCAGUUCUAGGCCCUCUCCUAUUCUCUCUAUACACCAAGUCACUUGGCUCUGUCAUAUCCUCAGAUGGUCUCUCCUAUCAUUGCUACGCAGACGACACACAAUUAAUCUUCUCCUUUCCCCCUUCUGAUAACCAGGUGGCGAAUCGCAUCACUGCAUGUCUGGCAGACAUAUCAGUUUGGAUGUCGGAUCACCACCUCAAGCUGAACCUCGGCAAGACGGAGCUGCUCUUCCUCCCAGGGAAGGACUGCCCACUCCAUGAUCUCGCCAUCACGGUUGACAACUCUGUUGUGUCCUCCUCCCAGAGUGCAAAGAACCUUGGCGUGACCCUGGACAACACCCUGUCGUUCUCCGCUAACAUCAAAGCGGUGACCCGAUCCUGUAGGUUCAUGCUCUACAACAUUCGCAGAGUACGAACCUACCUUACACAGGAAGUGGCACAGGUCCUAAUCCAGGCUCUUGUCAUCUCCCGUCUGGAUUACUGCAACUCGCUGUUGGCUGGGCUCCCUGCCUGUGCCAUUAAACCCCUACAACUCAUCCAGAACGCUGCAGCCCGUCUGGUGUUCAACCUUCCCACGUUCUCUCAAGUCACCCUGCUCCUCCGCACACUCCACUGGCUUCCAGUUGAAGCUCACAUCUGCUACAAGACCAUGGUGCGUGCCUACGGAGCUGUGAGGGGAACCGCACCUCCUUACCUUCAGGCUUUGAUCAGUCCCUACACCCAAACGAGGGCAUUGCGUUCUUCCACCUCUGGCCUGCUGUUCCCCCUACCUCUGCGGAAGCACAGUUCCCGCUCAGCCCAGUCAAAACUGUUCGCUGCUCUGGCACCCCAAUGGUGGAACAAGCUCCCUCACGACGCCAGGACAGCGGAGUCACUCACCACCUUCCGGAGACACUUGAAACCCUACCUCUUUAAGGAAUACCUGGGAUAGUAUAAAAGUAAACCUUCUACCCACCCCACCCCCCAAAAAAAUACAUAAAUAAUAAUAAUAAUUAAUAUUUAAUAAAUAAUAAUAAUAAUAAUAUAUAUAUAUAUAUAUAUAAAUAUAUAAAACAAAUUAAAAUUUAAAAUAUACUCUAAAAAUUAACAAAUUAAUGUAUUUUUAUUUUUAUUUAUUGUAAAGUGGUUGUCCCACUGGCUAUCAUAAGGUGAAUGCACCAAUUUGUAAGUCGCUCUGGAUAAGAGCGUCUGCUAAAUGACGUAAAUGUUUUGUUUUCCCUAGCGCUCGUGAGUGUGUGUGUGUGUGGGAGCACGGAGUCCAACUCCUGCUUUGCCACAAAUAGGAGACUGUCCCCAGAGCAACUGGACAAGCAGCCAGAUAAUAUAUGAGCACUAGCAAGGGGCUAAACAACCACAGCCGUUCUAUCAAUGCCUGUGUUAGCAAUUCCGCUAAUGUUGCAGCGGAGGUAUAGGGGUUAAGGGGUUUGUGUAGUGCUGGUUUCAGUCCAGGCCCAAGGCCAUAAUGGCGACAGAAAACCAACAGUUUCCUCUCGCUCACAUAGAUGACCACCCUGGAGCAGGUUGGUGAAGAGGUGGUGGGUCAGGCGCGCUGUCCCUUCGAGUCGGGCCAAUCCAACCUCGGCCUCUUUGCUGGUGAGUGGCUCAAUUUAUAAAUUUAGAGUUUGAAAUGUAAAAUGUAAAUGUUUUGCCCAUAGUCCAUUAGCAAUAAAAUGUAGUCCAAAGCCUGAGUGUUAGGCCUUUUAGGUAGGUCAAGACUGAAGUUUAGUCUUAUGGCUAAAUUGAUUAGUCAUAAAAAUCUGAGUAUUCUUAUAGCAUACAUGUAUGUGUUUCAUAUAUGAAUUGGUAAAUAGAUAUGACAUGGACUUGUCUUUUUAUAUGAAGCUUAACCAUUUGAAUUGUUUUAUCUUACUAUGACUUGCUUUUUUUAUACUAUACUAUCUUACUUAUUAAUUGCUAUAUUUACUGUACUUACUUUAUAUUUCUAGGUGGUGAUUUCUACUCUGCCACCAUGACCGACUUCCUGGCCAGCGACGCUGUCAUCUACCGUAGUCUUGGCGACGACAGCCCCGUCCUGCGGACCGUCAAGUACGACUCCAAGUGGCUCCGAGGUUGGUCACAUUACUUUUGUGUCUGUCAGUGUCCUGGUUGGGGAUGUGUAUCUUUUUCAGCCCAGUACCAAGACACCGAUUUAACUCAUCAAUGCGUCAUCAAGUCCUUACAUACCCAGCCGUCUUAAGACUUCUCAAGACAUUUUAUAAUUUAUUGUUUUCAUUUUUUAUUUGUUAUAAAUACUAAUCACUCGCUCUACAACUCUCAUGCACAUCCAUAGCACAAAUUGUGCUGCACACCAAAUCAAAGUAAUCAAGAUUUAUUGACCAAAAUAACAUUAGGUAAAGGCAGUAUAGAGCUCCAAACAACUCCUAUCUUCAAGUCUUUGGGGAUCUCAGAGCUGCUCUUCCUUAAUCUGUAAGAAAAUAAAAUGUAAUUAGGCAUCAUUAGGUACCCUGCUAUUUUCUUGUAGCUUAUUUAUGAAUAGCUCACCUGAAGCAGAAAGCCCUAUCGUCCAUGAGGGCUUACUGUUUGACACCAGAUAGGACCCCAGCUUUGGUCUAUGUCCAGUCUGAAAAUAGAAUGAAUCAGUUAAGCACUCUGUCUGUUCUCAUGGGAAGAAAUGAACAUUGCAUGUGUCAUGGUCCUUUGUGCAAUGCAGUGUUCUCACUUGUGUUUGCUGGGUGACAGCUUACCUUGAUUUAGUUGAGAUGCUGACAUGUCUUCCAUCCUCAUAUCCUGACAAAAGAGAAAUAGGCCAUGUUUAUUACACAAUAACUAUCAAAGCACACGUGAAAACAAAAAAGCAGAUGCAAGCAUCAGUCAUAACUUAUCUCCUCAGCAUAUCCAUCCAUAAAGGUCAGCACUCAGAUAAGUCCAGUCUACUCUGCAGCACGUGAGGUUGGCAUGGCAAUCUAAUAAAUGCACCAGCCAUUUAUCUAUCAUUUAUUUUGGGAAUAUAUUUAAUGUAACAUUUAGAUGUAUUCUCUAUUUAAUAAAACUGCACAGAAAAGACCAGAAUUGCAGUCACCUGUUAACAAGAGUAGAUCAACUUUAUGUGAUCGGUGGUGAUGGCUGAGCUAUCAUCAAGGUUGAGACAUUUUACAUGAUCCCGUCCCCUCUUUAUGAUCCCCCAUGGACUCCAUGGGCAACUGAAAAAAAGUAACAUACAUUUACAUUUUAGUCAUUUAGCAGACGCUCUUAUCCAGAGCGACUUACAGGCAUUUAGAUUUAACUACAUAGUCUUUUAAAAACUAUACUUGCUAGCUAAUUACAGUUGUUAGCUAGCUAUCUAACCACAGUGCACAAUAUCACAUUUGGUAGUGCCAAAACAAGAUGUCUAACAUAUUUCUUCAUAUUGACUAAAUAUUAUUUUGGCUAACAUACAUUGCAUAUUAAAAUGCUUUGCUUGCUUACCUCAAGUUGAAAAAACAGUUUGUAAAUCCUCCAGGUUUGACAGACUACCAUUUGUGAGUCUUAUAUCAACUGUCAGUUGACUGAAGAAUGUCCCAUGAAUUUGAAAUGUUCAACAUUCCAAAAUAAAUACUAUAUAAAGACUAAAUAUUUUACAUUAGUAAAAUGUCUUGAUACACAUAAAAUGUCUCGAUAUGGCAUUGAGUGUCUUGAGACACAGGCUGUGUCUCAAGACGUCUUCAAAAUGUUUCUUAAGACGUCUUGAGACGUCUCAAGAUGUCUCAAGACAAAGGUGAUGGCUGGGUAUGUAAUUAAUUGAAUCAGGUGUUAGUACUGAGUUUGCGCAAAUGCCUGAACAGCAGUGACUCCAUCUCUGGUAGAUACAGAUACACCCCAGAAAAUGAUGACUCCCCAUAAUGACUUUCAUUCAAUCUCAUCUCUCACUUCUCCCCUGUUGUGUGUCUCCUUGCCUCUCCAGAGCCCCAUUUCCACCAUGCGAUCGAGUAUGGGAAUUAUGUCUACUUCUUCCUCAGUGAGAUUGCAGUGGAGUACACCACCCUGGGCAAGGUAAAAGGGUGUCAGUGAUAGAACCACAAAUUGAUGUAUGAAUUGUAUUCUUCAGCUCUGUCCAUUAGAGCAAGACAUGAGAAUGGAUGUACUAUGUGGAUGUACUAUGUUCUCUUAUCAGAUGUAUCAUGACUAGUUGAGAUGGGUGAUCGAUUUAUUGUAAAAAGAUAAAGGCACCAUUAUGGUUGGACAUAGGAGAUUAACUAUAAUGACAGGUCUGCAUCCUUAUGGACCGGAACCACUGACCUCCUGUGCUGCUUCAAGCCUCUCAAGUCAUGUUUGUUGUCUCAGGGGGUCAGGAGAAGAGCGCCAAGGAUAAUAAAGCACUAUUCUACGAUAUUUGAAUAUUUUAUUUUCUGGUUCGGCUCCAAGGUGGUGUUCUCUCGCGUGGCGCGGGUGUGUAAGAACGACAAUGGCGGCUCUCCUCGGGUGCUGGAGCGCUACUGGACCUCCUUCCUGAAGGCGCGGCUUAACUGCUCGGUGCCCGGCGACUCCUUCUUCUACUUCGAUGUGCUGCAGUCGCUCACCAACGUGCUGCAGAUCAACCAGCGCCCCGCGGUGGUGGGAGUGUUCACUACGCAAGCUAACAGGUUAGCCUAUGUUAAAUGACUGGGCACUAGUCCAUCAAAGCCAAUAUCCAUACAUUUCUUAUACCCCUUUCAUACACAGACAAAAUUCCCACUAUUCUACCAUGUCUGCUUCUUUUUACCUGCUUUUGUGUAUAUCUGAAAGGGGUGGGGGGUAAAAAACAUGGAAAAUUAACCCACCUAAAGACAAAGUCAUGAUUCCUGCAUUUUCACAGACCCUGUAACCAAAAUACAGGUAUCGGGUCUGUGUGAAUGGUUCUCUGCUUUUUUCAGGUAAAUUCAUUAACACUUCCAGUGUUCAACACCUCCCUAAUUUGAAAUGCAACCAGCCCCCAUGUAGGGCUGGGCGAUUAUGGCCUAAAAAUAAUUAUAUAUAUUUUUUCAAACCUAUGGGCGAUUCACGAUAUAUAUCUUGAUUUUAAAAAAAAUAUAUGUGUUCUCUAAAUAAGCUUGCACGAUUAAAGGUCAAUAUACCGCAUUUCAAACAGUCAGGAAUAAUCUAAUGAAUUCAGGGCUUGCAGAAUUCAGGGCUUGCAAAAUUAUACCUAGGCUAAAUAUAUGCCUUCCACAACCAUAAGACCCACUAAUAAUUUAAUCAUUUUAUCAAAAUAGUUUCACCUGCUUUUUUUUGUUGCAAUAAUCACUGAUCUGGCUUGAAAAUGCCCUUUUUGCUACAAAUUUAACCAGAAACAUGCAAAAUGCACAUCCACUAAUAAUAUCCAACUUCUGGUAGCAGGCAUUAUAGAAAAUUAACACAGGUCUCAUUAACAAUCUCUCAAGCACAAGCCCACUGCUAGUGAGUAGCCAGCUAAUCUUUAUAUUUUAAGUCUAGCCAACUUGGAUCUAUUUGCUUACUAUGAAGAUAGAACAAUUUAACUGUUAUGAAUACACCCUCCUGUCCGUCUCCAACUGUUUGUACGACAUAGCCUGUUCACUUUGUUUAGAUAUUGAAAUCAAGUGGCCUACCUGGAUAAGAAUAUGUUUAUUUCUCAGAAUGAGAAAGAGUUGCCAAUUCCUUAUAUAAAUGCAUAUUUUUAUGCUCAUUGCACAUUUAUAAAACACAGACUAGAAAGCUAGCACAUAACAGUAUGUGGCUAAAAUACUGCUAGCGGUACGUGGCACGACAGAAAAUGAGCAUACAUUUUCCACAAUCAUGUUCAUUGAUACUCUGGUUUUAGUAGGAUCUGCUCUGUUUUACAUUUUGGGAGUUUAGACAUAAAAAGAGUAUCAUUAGAAAGGUUAAGUUCUCGUCUAUUACAGUAAAAAUGUAAUGUCUGUAAGCGUUUCGGUGUCCAUACGACCGAUUCUGUUGGACCAAACCUCCAAUGCAAAUAGCGAGUUUGAACUGCUUGUUGUCAGAGAGGAAGAAGUUAUCCUUCGUCUUUUGUUUUGAGUGGCAGGGGGAGGUGUCUGUGUGCGAGUGGGAAGAGCACAGAAGGAGCGAAGGAGGCGAGACCAAAAAGACAGAACGCUCAUAAAAACAAAAUAAAACCUAGAUUCUUGCGGUACAGGCAUUUGGAACGUAACAUACAUUCAAAUUAAUUCGAUGUAUAGCCAAGCCCUACUCCAUGGUUUAACUACAACCCCCACCUUUCCAUAUUUACCAGUUACCACUGAUAUGUAUAAAGAGGUAUACAUGCAAGACAGUGGUAAAUAAGGGGCUGUUCGAAAGGGGGUCGUAUAAACAUUACCUUGUACGGUAUAUUUUACAGGUAAUAUACCACAUCUUCUGUCUGAAAUGGGUAUUACACUGCAAGAAUAUGCAACAUCACUAAAACUGGAAAAACAUGAUAUUCACUCACACACUGGACCUCAUUCCUCGCAGCACAGGAACAUUUUAGUUUUACCUUUGAAACUUGAUAUUGAUUUUGAAUUAUACACAGAGCUCUACUUACCAGAUAAAAAUCAGAUCACUUUGCACCUUGUUUGACCAGCCAACCAUGUUUCAACAAACCUUUUCAAUAGCUCAAUCCCAUUCAGCCUUUUUAACACGCUCUCUGCGUCUGUCUCCCUCGUCAGUAUCCCUGGCUCAGCAGUGUGUGCCUUCUACAUGGACGACAUAGAGAAGGCCUUCAAUGGGAAGUUUAAGGAGCAGAAGACCAGUGAUUCAGCAUGGACCCCAGUACCAGAGGAACAGGUGCCCAAGCCCAGGUAUGAGACUGCCCUCUGAAGGGGCACUAGACUGCGUAUGACCAGGCAUGACAAUGACCAUAUGAGUUGGCUGUACAGCACCAACAGAUCUGGGUCCAGCUAGGCUAGCACAGUACACACCCGUGUUUUGUUUGAAUAAGAGUUGCCAAAUGUACUUUUUAAAAUCUCUAUUCUCUACUUCAGGCCUGGUUCCUGUGCCGGUGAUGGCCCGGCCUCGGCCUACAAGUCAUCCAUCAACUUCCCCGACGACACGCUGACCUUCAUCAAGUCUUACCCUCUGAUGGACGAGGCUGUGCCCUCCGUCAACGACCGGCCCUGCUUCACCCGCACCACCAGCAGGUACUGUAGGGCAGUAUCAUACAAUAUAACAAUUUCUCUUUGUAUGGACAAACGGCAACAUAGACAAAUGUACAAUAAUGCAAUGUAAUAUAACAUUUGAUAAAAUUAAACAUAUCAGCAGUAUUUUAGUGCAACCAUGUACAGUAAAUCUAAUUAGUCAAUGAAUGACACUUUACUCAAACCAGACAACUGAAGUUCUCGCUCAGAAACAAAACCCAGAAAUUGCCUCAGCCUAGCUACUGCUACUCUAUAUGACCGGAGACUGUGGCUUCAUCCACAAAGCUUGACAUCGAUGGCCUAUGUUCCGCAAGGAAUACAAAGGCCUAAGUAAGUGUAGGCUAUAAGGUCAAUAGGUGAAUGACAUUCCGCAUGUGGCUAAUAGGAAAGAGGAGAAGUCAAGAUGCUAUGCUGCUGAUGAUACGCUUGUAUUCAUUCCCUCUAUGUCUGUAGAAUAGGAAAUGAAUUAUGUAUUUUUUGUAUUAUUAUUAUUUUACUUGAUGAAGUUAAGCAAACAUUCAGACCAGCCUUCCUGAUUGAACGUUUGUGCUAGGGAAAAGCCCUAAAAUGUCCACCCCUUGGGUUCCCCAGGAGUUUGCGAAACGCUGCUAUAGGUCCCUGGCCAAGUCAGCAGUCAGAUCAAACAACUCAGGAAGGACCUGAAAGAAACAGGAGCUUGACUAGUGGGGAGUUGCAGUAGGCUCCAAAAGCAGCUGGUCGGUGGUAAAACAGGCCAAGAGGGGUCAUGGUUCUAGGUUGACUCAGAAUGUAUAGCUCUGUGGGAACAGUAGGAAUAGAAUAACAAUAUUGAGUUAGAUGUCAACUGGGCAGCACACACAACUUGUUACACAGAACAAGACAUUUGAAAUAGCACGUUAUUAAGCUAUUUGAUCAAGCUUAUAAACAGGAGUCACUCAAUAAAAGGAGUACAUGCUGGAACCCAAGCCAAUAGCACACAGUUGCUGUUCUUGAUGACUUGUUAACGCCUUCCGUGUGUCAAUGUGUGUGAAAAGAUGACAGGGUGUGUCAAUGUGUGUGAAUCAAUGCAUGUUUCUGCACUUCAAUGUGCCAUCAUUAUGCAGUUUUACAUAUUCAUAAGCUUGAUCAAGUUGUCACAGGUUUACUUUAAAUUGGUAAUUUAAUACUUCAAAACAUUUUCUUCAUAACAAUAAUCAGAUUAACUUGAACCAUCAUAACAUGGCCUCUGCAUUGUACACAAUUAAACCCUCACGUUAUUAUUGUCAAGUUAAUAAUUUCUACUGAUGAAAGUCUUUACAGUAUGAGUAGAAUUUGAUUGGUAACUUUUCUCAGCCCCUCAACCCAAUGGUGCAACAAUACAGAAAGGGAUAGAACUGACAGUAAUCAGACACGGAAUGCAUGUUUUGACUAAGAAACAACAACAUAUUAUUAAUGUAGCUAAGGAUGCACAACACAUGACUUGGCUAGUUAGCAAGCAAGCCUACAAGGAGCAGAAAACCGCUAGCUGAUUUUCUAACGUUUUUAAUCACAUCAUUUUACAAUUUCUUAACUCCACACCAGUCGGGAAAGAGUGCUUUGUCUUGCCAAAGCAUCAAUUGCCUUGUUUGGUCCAUGAAAGAAAACAGAUUGAAAAAUAUAAUUUGCAACAUUUCUCAUGUAGUGUCUCUCUUGUCGUGAUGUGUGUUUUGUCCUACAGUUGAAGUCGGAAGUUUACAUACACUUAGGUUGGAGUCAUUAAAACUUGUUUUUCAACCACUCCACAAAUUUCUUGUUAACAAACUAUCGUUUUGGCAAGUCGGUUAGGACAUCUACUUUGUGCAUGACACAAGUCAUUUUUCUAACAAUUGUUUACAGACAGAUUAUUUCACUUAUAAUUCACUGUAUCACAAUUCCAGUGGGUCAGACGUUUACAUACACUAAGUUGACAGUGCCUUUAAACAGCUUGGAAAAUUCCAGAAAAUGAUGUCAUGGCUUUAGAAGCUUCUGAUAGGCUAAUUGGCAAUUUGAGUCAAUUGGAGGUGUACCUGUGGAUGUAUUUCAAGGCCUACCUUCAAACUCAAUGCCUUUUUGCUUGACAUCAUGGGAAAAUCAAAAGAAAUAAGCCAAGACCUCAGAAAAAUAUUUGUAGACCUCCACAAGUCUGGUUCAUCCUUGAGAGAGAUUUUUUCAAACGACUGAAGGUACCACGUUCAUCUGUACAAACAAUAGUAUGCAAGUAUAAACACCGUGGGACCACGCAGCCGUCAUACCGCUCAGGAAGGAGACGCGUUCUGUCUCCUAGAGAUGAACGUACUUUGGUGCGAAAAGUGCAAAUCAAUCCCAGAACAACAGCAAAGGACCUUGUGAAGAUGCUGGAGGAAACAGGUACAAAAGUAUCUACAGUAAAACAAGUCCUACAGUGGGGAAAAAAAGUAUUUAGUCAGCCACCAAUUGUGCAAGUUCUCCCACUUAAAAAUAUGAGAGAGGCCUGUAAUUUUCAUCAUAGGUACACGUCAACUAUGACAGACAAAAUGAUCAUUUUUUUCUCCAGAAAAUCACAUUGUAGGAUUUUUAAUGAAUUUAUUUGCAAAUGAUGGUGGAAAAUAAGUAUUUGGUCAAUAACAAAAGUUUCUCAAUACUUUGUUAUAUACCCUUUGUUGGCAAUGACACAGGUAAAACGUUUUCUGUAAGUCUUCACAAGGUUUUCACACACUGUUGCUGGUAUUUUGGCCCAUUCCUCCAUGCAGAUCUCCUCUAGAGCAGUGAUGUUUUGGGGCUGUCGCUGGGCAACACAGACUUUCAACUCCCUCCAAAUAUUUUCUAUGGGGUUGAGAUCUGGAGACUGGCUAGGCCACUCCAGGACCUUGAAAUGCUUCUUACGAAGCCACUCCUUCGUUGCCCGGGCGGUGUGUUUGGGAUCAUUGUCAUGCUGAAAGACCCAGCCACGUUUCAUCUUCAAUGCCCUUGCUGAUGGAAGGAGGUUUUCACUCAAAAUCUCACGAUACAUGGCCCCAUUCAUUCUUUCCUUUACACGGAUCAGUCGUCCUGGUCCCUUUGCAGAAAAACAGCCCCAAAGCAUGAUGUUUCCACCCCAUGCUUCACAGUAGGUAUGGUGUUCUUUGGAUGCAACUCAGCAUUCUUUGUCCUCCAAACACGACAAGUUGAGUUUUUACCAAAAAGUUCUAUUUUGGUUUCAUCUGACCAUAUGACAUUCUCCCAAUCCUCUUCUGGAUCAUCCAAAGCACUCUAGCAAACUUCAGACAGGCCUGGACAUGUACUGGCUUAAGCAGGGGGACACGUCUGGCACUGCAGGAUUUGAGUCCCUGGCGGCGUAGUGUGUUACUGAUGGUAGGCUUUGUUACUUUUGUCCCAGCUCUCUGCAGGUCAUUCACUAGGUCCCCCUGUGUGGUUCUGGGAUUUUUGCUCACCGUUCUUGUGAUCAUUUUGACCCCACGGGGUGAGAUCUUGCGUGGAGCCCCAGAUCGAGGGAGAUUAUCAGUGGUCUUGUAUGUCUUCCAUUUCCUAAUAAUUGCUCCCACAGUUGAUUUCUUCAAACCAAGCUGCUUACCUAUUGCAGAUUCAGUCUUCCCAGCCUGGUGCAGGUCUACAAUUUUGUUUCUGGUGUCCUUUGACAGCUCUUUGGUCUUGGCCAUAGUGGAGUUUGGAGUGUGACUGUUUGAGGUUGUGGACAGGUAUCUUUUAUACUGAUAACAAGUUCAAACAGGUGCCAUUAAUACAGGUAACGAGUGGAGGACAGAGGAGCCUCUUAAAGAAGAAGUUACAGGUCUGUGAGAGCCAGAAAUCUUGCUUGUUUGUAGGUGACCAAAUACUUGUUUUCCACCAUAAUUUGCAAAUAAAUUCAUUAAAAAUCCUACAAUGUGAUUUUCUGGAAAAAAAAAUCUCAAUUUGUCUGUCAUAGUUGACGUGUACCUAUGAUGAAAAUUACAGGCCUCUCAUCUUUUUAAGUGGGAGAACAUGCACAAUUGGUGGCUGACUAAAUACUUUUUUUCCCCACUGUAUAUCUACAUAACCUGAAAGGCCGCUCAGCAAGGAAGAAGCCACUGCUCCAAAACCGCCAUAAAAAAGCCAGAUUACAGUUUGCAACUGCACAUGGGGACAAAGAUCUUACUUUUUUGAGAAAUGUCCUCUGGUCUGAUGAAACAAAAUAUAACUGUUUGGCCAUAAUGACCAUUGUUAUGUUUGGAGGAAAAAGGGUGUGGCCUGCAAGCCGAAGAACACCAUCCCAACCGUGAAGCACAGGGGUGGCAGCAUCAUGCUGUGGGGGUGCUUUGCUGUAGGAGGGACUGGUGCACUUCACAAAAUAGAUAGCAUCAUGAAGAAGGAAAAUUAUGUGGAUAUAUUGAAGCAACAUCUCAAGACAUCAGUCAGGAAGUUAAAGCUUGGUCGCAAAUGGGUCUUCCAAAUGGACAAUGACCCCAAGUAUACUUCCAAAGUUGUGGCAAAAUGGCUUAAGAACAACAAAGUCAAGGUAUUGGAGUGGCCAUCACAAAGCCCUGACCUCAAUCCUAUAGCAUAUUUGUGGGCAGAUCUGAAAAGGCGUGUGCGAGCAAGGAGGCCCACAAAACUGACUCAGUUACACCAGGUCUGUCAGGAGGAAUGGGCCAAAAUUCACUCAACUUAUUGUGGGAAGCUUGUGGAAGGCUACCCGAAAAGUUUGACCCAAGUUAAACAAUUUAAAGGCAAUGCUACCAAAUACUAAUUGAGUGUAUGUAAACUUCUGACCCACUGGGAAUGUGAUGAAAGAAAUAAAAGCUGAAAUAAAUAAUUCUCUCUACUAUUAUUCUAACAUUUCACAUUCUUAAACUAAAGUGGUGAUCCUAACUGACCUAAGACAGGGGCUUUUUACUAGGAUUAAAUGUAAGGAAUUAUGAAAACUGAGUUUAAAUGUAUUUGGCUAAGGUGUAUGUAAACUUCCGACUUCAACUGUAUAUUUUUAUUUUUAAUCCCAGCCCCCUGUCCCCGCAGGAGGCCUUUUGCCUUUUGGUAGGCUGCCAUUGUAAAUAAGAAUUUGUUCUUAACUGACUUGCCUAGUUAAGUAAAGGUUAAAUCAAUAAAUAAAAUACUGGCGGUGUAGAGGUGAUAUGAGGCGUUUGAGUCAGCCUGCUGUACCCCCUGGGUGACCCGCCUGCUGCUUCUCACCGCAGGAAGCUGAUGUGAUACUCUGGUAAAUGACAACAGAAGCCAGGGGGGCACGGGGAACAUGUUAUUUCACACUGCUCCCAAAUCUAGAGAUGAAACAUCCUAGUGAAAUGUCCCGAAGUCCUAGUGAAGUCAUGGAUAUAUUGGAGAUAAAAUGGGUUUAAAUCAUAGGAUAUUCUCAUCGAGUGUGUUGCAUUCAUGAACCCGAGGAAAUGACGUAUUUUAUAGCAUAGUUGAUAUUAAUCAACUGAAAAUGACAUACAGUGGCAAUGCUUCAGUCUUUAGCAGCCAGUUGAGAUGACUGGCGUUAGAUAUGUACGUGCAAACACACAAAGAUAAGAACCUGCACAUUCUGGAGACAAUUCAGUUCAUUUACAAAACCUUCCUUGACAUCUGUUAUGCUGCUAGGCAACCAACAGAAGCCAUUCGGGAAAGUGCCAAAUCCCACCCAGAAAGUAGCCUAAAGCAGAAGUGAAUUUUCAACGCAGCUGCACUCUAGCGCUUCUGUCUUCCCCAUUUGAGUGUACUCUCCACUCCAUCUUUUGGUGCACAGGAAAUUACAUAAUCACAUGGGUUAAAAUCAGGAAAGCACAAAGGCUGAACAAAAAGAGGUUAAAAUCAUUUUUUUUAAAGGGGUGAAAAAGUAUUCAUUUAUAACCCUAUGUUGACCCGUGUCUCCAUGCCAGUCAUGGCGGUUCACUUGUUCUGAAUGACUGACAUAUUAUGGCUGACUAGUUACCAGUUCCGGCCAUACAAUCAGCGUUAACUGUGUUUUUCCCUUCUCCAGGUACAAGCUGACUCAGAUUGCGGUAGAUACCUCUGCAGGGCCGUCUAAGGACCGCACUGUGGUCUUUCUGGGCUCGGAGGAUGGCAGGGUCCUGAAGGUGUUGUCCAGCACUCAUCCUAACGCCUCCUUUGGCUCCCAACUCUUGGAGGACAUAGAUGUCUAUAACCCCUCUAAGUCAGUACAGAACCUCUAUAAGUCAGUCUAUAACCCCUCUUAAGUGAGUGUGUAACCACUUUUGAACAGGUCAUAACUACAGUAACUACACAGGUGUAGUAAAAGCAAAAGUCGGCAAUGGCAUGAAAACCUGACUGUUAUAUAAGCACCAGUGUGACAGUACUGUAAUUUCAGCCUGGAACGUCUCCAAAUGAAUGAGUCUAUACCUGAUUUAAAGGAAUACGGUAUACAUAUAGACCACAUCUUCAUGAUGAUGAUGCAAAAAGCGUAAUAGGAUGCAAAACGAUGUGGCAAGUGACAAUUUGCUUUCUGAAAGUUAUAUUUCUUGAAAACUUGAUUUCUGACAUGCAAAACAUUUUGGGACUAUAUGAACUAAUGAAACAACUACCUAAAAUAGUUUUUGAGUAGAGUAUUCCUUUAAAGCUGUAACCCACAUUAUUAUGGUAUUACCCUCACCAAACGAUCAAAACCUGAACUAAGGUAGUUCACAGGCAGAGUAAUUUUAUUUUCCACACUAUAUUAGGUGUUCAAAUGGUAUAGAAACGUACUAAAUGAACAUGUAUUACAGAGAUAGCCUAGCCUUUAGCCUCUGGGGCUCCCAUUUCUAUCUAUGACUGAUGAACUGUGUUUCACGUGGCUGUGGUCUAACUCUAAUCCAUUAGUAUGGUUGUGCUGUAAGGGUUCUCACGUGUCCUGUGACCAUGUUUUGCCACAGGUGUAACGUUCAGGGGCAGGAGAACCGGAGGAUUCUGGGAAUGGAGCUGGAUAAGGACCAUCACGCCUUGUUCGUGGCCUUCACCAGCUGUGUCAUCAGAGUGCCGCUCAGCCACUGCACCGAGCAUGGGGCCUGUAAAAAGUGAGUUACAACAAGGCAGAAAUGAUUGUGUAAGAAUGCACAUAGGAGGAUAUGCAGUAUUGUUAGGGCCCUGAGUUUUCCCUGACUACGUGACCUGGCCUGGAAAAACUGGGGCCCGAAAUUUAGUACAGCUUUUGCACUGCUCAAAAUCGUUUGCUCUAAUGUGUUAUAACAAAUACUUAGUCUCUGGAUACCAAGCUCUAUCAAUGUCAAUUUGUGGUCCAAGUGAUUUCAGUAUCAACAAAUAUUUAUAUUUGUUCUAGUCAUUUGGCAGAUAAUGGAGCAAGAGAGUACAGGGAGGCAUGAGGAAAUUACCAAAUUCUCCAAAUGUAUUUGGCGCAGCUUUUAAGAGAGCCUGUUUGCAUAUUUUGGCAAACAACCAAAACAUUAAAAAGGGAGGCUUAAUUGCCCAUAUAAUCAAUAUUUGAACAGCCUGUAAAUGUUGGGGAAAAUGUUCAGGAUGUCAUUAGCACAGAAUACCACAUCAAGAAUAUAAUUAUAGUUGACGGAUCCUCCCAUUGGGAUAAUUCAACAUUCAAACACCAACAAAAAAAACGAACUUCCUCUUUCAUAGUCUGACACACACACACUCGCACGUGCAUGCACACAAACACAGUCUGAGUCAGCCCACAAUACCUUUUGAGCGGCCGUGUGCAUAAUCUCCUACUGGUGGGACGUGAGGAAGACAGGGGUUCAUGGAGCACUGAGUGACAAGUGAGAGAUCCAAAGGAGACAACCCUCUCUCCUCCUCCCAUAGGCAAGUGUAUGACAGUCCCCCCCUCCCCUCUCCCCCCUCGGAGCUCCCCCUCAGUCCCCGUGGCCCUGGCUGUCAGUGUGUCACCAUGGCUGGGGGAGAGAGACUGAGGACACCUGUCACUAAGAUGACUGGCUUCACUCCUCCAGGCAGCCUGUAAUGACACACACACACAUAUAUAUAAAUAUUUAGAAACACACCUGUCCUCUAUGAGGUCUGUCACAGGCAUACUUGUCAUCUUGGAGAAUGAGCUAAAACACACACUGACACUGUCAGACACAAUCACCUCUCCGAGUUCACAUGCAGGCCAGCCAGUCUCGCUCUGCAGAUCACCAGCUGGGGAAUAGCCCCAACAGAACACGCUCCACUAGACCGCAGCAGUAUCCUUGGCUCAAGUGUGUGUGUGGCGUGUCACUGUGUCAAAGUAGACCCAGUCGGGCGCUCAUCGCCCGCACGCCAAGGAGCGAUAUCAUACAGGGAUUUAACCGCCUCUUGCCUCGUCAUUUUCUAGGAGUUGUCUGUCCUCCCGCGACCCAUACUGCAUCUGGCUCCGGACCGGGAGCUGUGCCAACAUGGCGCCAGGGUUCAAGUAAGUGUCACUUUCCUUCUUGUCGCGCUGAAAGCCAUCAAUCUGAAAGGUAAUAAAGGUUUGAGAGUGUGAUCGUAUAUCUAUCAUCGGGAUUGGCCCCCAUAAAAGGAGAGGAGAGUAGAGAGUGGAAGAUAUGAGGGAAAUAAAUCUCAAACGCUUUGGAAGUCAUAUUAAAGAAGAAUGUAUUGAGUGAGUGAUAUCAUUGUUCUGCAGAUGAGGACUGCUCGUCAAAGAUUAGUUUUCUUGUGCUAGUCAGAUUCUUUAUACCAGCAAAUUAUAUACACUGGGACUCUGUUUGUACAGUGUAUGCUAAUAUGCAUUCAUUUGUUUCAUUAUAUCUGCUGGCUUUGGGCCUGUUUCCACUUGUGCAAUGCACUUUAAGUGAACGGAAUGAUCAACCACUUGAGCCACAAUGGCUUGAGUCCAUUGAUUUAUUGAUGAGUUGACAGGUACUGCAAUCUCUCAGGCAUAAAACGUGUUUUCUCCCCGGACCUCCUGAAAAUGAAAAUAGUCUCUUCAAUUCUCUGGAACAUAGGAAAAAGCAAAGGUCUUAGAUUUGUGGGACCAAAGAGAAUAGUAGAAAGCAGUCUGCCUGUUUUGACUGCUGAAGAAUUGAAUUUCGACAUGGCACUUCCAGGGUUGGCAGUUUAGUGCAAUUUGUCAUGCUGUGUCCGCAGUAAAGGCCUAGAUUGAAUCUUUUAAAAGCUGAAAAGAAUCAUUUUGCUGUUUAAAUGUCAUAGUGCAUCAACAUGAAUUCAAUACCACACACUGUAAUGUAGUAAUGGGAUUUGGAUUUCCAUGACAUUCCUCAUUCCAGCAGUAUGGGAAUUGGUGGUUUAAGAUGGGGUUUCAUGAACUUUGAGACUAUUGCAAGUUCUAUGAAGUUCCACAUCCAAAAGUAUCAAUCGCAGUGAAAUAUCUCUGUUUUGGUUAGAGAGUUAGAGUUCAGUGGACGAGGAACGUUUUCAGGGCUCAGAGAAGGUUUUGGAAACACUUCAUCCAGGACACUGUGGUUCAGCCACUUCCCUAAGAUGAGCAGCAGAUGGGACUUGUUGUCGUGGCAGCGAGUCAGUGGUUUCCCUGGAGACUAACUGGCCGUCUUGGCAAAAACGCUCCAAAGAGCUCCCAAGUGAGGUGACCGGCGAAAAACAAAAUGGAGCUGAAGUGCUUUGCCAGUCCCGAAGCAACUCUGCAGCCUGGCCCGCCACGGUUUAAAAUAUGUUGUUUGUAGGCCUAAACUCAAACUUCUAUUUAGGCCUACUCCUAAACUGAAUCCUCCGUAUUUGGUUGUGAGUGGGUGUCACUACCUGUGACUGUUUAUAUGUUUUUUAAUUGGCAAGCAUUUGUAUAAAUAUCUACUUAAAGUAUCUACUUAUAUCUACUUAUAUCACUAUGUCUGUAUGCAUCUCGAGUAGGUCGUUGUUAGCAUGUAUGCGUUGUCAGAGUCCCUUUCUGAGAAUUUGCAUCUAUUCAUAUGUAUGUCUCUUAGUCCUUUCCCCUCAUUCAUUACAAGUAAAUAGAAAAGCUUUAAAGUGUCUGAGUGAGGGAAAUGAAUAGCACUUUCUCGCUCACACAUUCCACACUUUUGAAAAUGGAUACAUAGAGCGUGAGUGAACGAGAGCGGGAGAGGAGAGAAAAAGCGAAAAAGAAACAAAUGAACACAAAGCAAGGACUCUGCAGCUCAGAGAUGGAAAGGGCUGGAGGGUGAAUGAGAAUGAGCGCCCGUUGGUGUCAGAAGUAAGAUCCAACCUAAUCCUAUUCAUUCCCCUUCGCAUAAUGGACACUUGUGUGCUGCCUUCAAACCACACAUUCCAUUAGCUUCCAGUCACUCUAAAUGUAUCUGGUUGUGUGUGGACCUUUCUCUCAUUCACGAGCAUGCUGCAUCUAAAUCUAUUGAUGGCUGUCAGUGCAAGCAGCAUGCACUGAUUGAAAAGUCCUAAUGAGAAUGAACACAAACCCUUCUUCUCCUCCAUGUGUAGGAGGGGAGAGUGGCCCCAAAUACAGCCCUUAAUAGUUAAACCUGCACUUGUGUGUUUCACAUCCCUCAAAAGUGUGCUGGAAUAUGCACAGGCAAAACACUGGGUCUGGCUACAUAUUUUGUUUGAAUAGGGUCUGGAUUAUGACCUUGGCUUUAGUCAUAGCUGCCUUUUUCUCCUGACUGAUGCAGGCUGUUCUUGCCAAAUGAGGCCCGGCGAUGUCUGCUCCCCCUGUCACCUGAUAGAAAGAGUGAUCGUCAUCUGACCUUUAUCAGUCGUGGCGCUGGUUUCUAAUUGGACAGCGUACAAGGGGAGAACAGCAAAAUGGAUGUUCUCGCCGUUCGUGCCAUUUUCCUGAUUCGCCCACCUUGUCUGUGGAUGGUGACGUCAUAGGCAUAUGCAGGAUGUCUCUCUGUCACAUGAAUGUACGGGCUAUGGAAAUUCUUCUCUCCUCGACAACUGGCAGGUCGGGCAAGUUCUCUGUGUCAGGAUGGCGCUAAAUGGGCUUCCAGCCUGGGGUGAAUGACACGGGUCCCAAUUACAAUUGGAUAGGUGGAAGCCUGUGGCAGCAAAGAGGAAAACAGUUGACAAGACUCCUUUUUUACUCUCUCUUUCUUUCUUUCUUUCUCUCUUUCUCCAGGGCUGGCUUUGACCAGGACAUCGAGGGGGACCACUCACUGUACCCUGAAAACUGCAAUGGUGAGCUUUCAUCAACAUCCCCAUGGCAACAGGCCAAUCACCUAAACAUUAGCCCUGUAAAAAGAGGGUCUAUUCCUUCAUGGAUGUACAUGGAAAAAUGGGUUUCACAGGCUACCAUGGUGUUAUAACAAAUACCUCCUCCCCCUUUUGUUUGAUCUGUUAUGGAUUUAAUUGAAGAUGUAGCGAUUUCAUUUGCUACCUGUCAAUCUGCCAGCUAACAUUGAAGUGGUACAGUAUGUUCUUAGAUACACACGAAAGUUCUAUCAACAAGGUUACAUACUGCAUACACAUUUACAUGCUACACUGCAUGUUUAUAUAAGGCAGACUACAGUACAAGAAUAUGAAGACAAAAGUAUAGUAGGGGAGAAAACGUCACAUCUAAAAAGUAUUUUAUGACACUUGAAUCCACAACUGGGUCACAAUUUGGAAAUAUCCAGAGCAGUCCAACCUACUUGUAUUUCAUGUCACGCCCCCAGAAAAACCCAUUUGUUUUCUUAUGUCUUUGUGAGCGGUAUGUAAUUCACUCCGUCUUUUUUCUCUCGAUAUUAAUGCUUUGUUUUGCUCCUAUCAGCAGAUGUGCUGGCGACCACGCGAAACCAGAACUCCGCGGCAGACUCGGCCUACGGUCAGUUUCCAUUUCUCUCCCAGUCUCACUCCCUUCUUUCUCCCUGUGUUGCUUUCCACCUUGUUUUAUUGCAGUAUGACUGAGCAUAAACACUUUGAAUUAAGUUACAUGCAAUGAGUUUGCAAUAACUAUUGGCAAUUGGUAGUUUCACAUCAUGACGAUGUGAACGGUGCCACUUCUUGAAUGUCUAAUAUCUUGAAAACUUGACUGCUGACAUGCAAAACAUUUUGGGACUGUAACAACAGUGGACUAAUGAAAAAAAUACAAAAAUAUAGUUUAAGUGUAUUUUCCCUUCAAGGUUUCUCACUAGACAACUUGAAAAUGAAAGAAUACUCCAAUAUUUUCCAUGUCUGGUAAACCUUUUGACUUAGAGACCAUACCAUUAUAGGUUUUCUUUUACUUGAAAUUCAAAGUAUUGUUUGAUUUGAACAGGUUCAGUUCGCUCCCUAACAGGGUUACAAACAGUGCUCUAGUUCCACAUGUUGUAGAGAAGAUUAAACAUGCGUUGCUGCUUGUGGAAAUGGAGGCUCAUGUGUAAGAUCAGAUAUGCUUUUUAAACCAAGAGGAUCUCCUUGGGUAACCGAUAGAUGUACUUUCAAUCAUGCAAUUCAUGACUGGGCAUGCCCAAGUCAAUAAACCCCUCAGGUAGGCCUAAUAUUACUCGAGCGUCGUAAUUGUAAUUCACAGAGCGAGCCUCACACCAGAGAAGACCCUCAUUAUGUAAUAUAAGCCCAGCGUUCGCCGUUCACUGUGAUUAACCCAUGGAGUAAAUUACACUAUUAGAGGCUAAUGGAGACUCCAACCUCGGCUGCCAAAAGGCACAUUGGGCUUUAACCUCCUGGCCCUGGUGUAGCUCAGCCAAGCGUGAAUGUCUAUGUCAGAGAAGUGAUUUCUCGAUUGGGGGAAGAGUCCAAUUCUGACUGGAGACUUCUGUUUUAAUAAUGCUAUUUUGAGUGAACCUUUCGACUGGCCCCCAGGUGCAAUCUGUGUAGAGAAUCAUGGCGGUAUCGCCUCAGCAGCCUUAUUAGCAAUCAAUCCCAUCAUGCAGCAGCACACAGGGUUCAAGGUGGCCCUCCGUGAGCACAGGGAACACAGCAGAGGUGGUUUUCAAUCACUAAAACCCCCCAGAAACACUGGCAUUGCGAAAGACCUUGAAACGGUCUUGAUGACUACGCAGAAACGUCCCAACUCCAAUGACGGACUAGGCGUAGGGAGUUUAGCCAGAUAAUGGUCAUAGUGACUGUUUGUCAUUUCUGAAUGCCUUUGAAACAAACAUUGAAACAAAUCAAUUUAAUGAAUGCUUUACUGAUCCUGGUCAAAGCCAGGGGAUGUAAAUAUCAAGAGAACUUUCCAUUGCACUUGGAAUGGAUUCACAGUGUAUAAUAGUAUUUAAUAGAUUAUGAAUUUUAAUCUAGAAUAGUUAGUAUGUUAUCUUCAUCGUAGAUUUAAAUACAUACAAUAAUUAUUGAUAUAUCCAUAAGCCAGUUAUGAGGAUGAGCUUUGUCCAUAAAUCCUGCCCAAAUCUGACAUAUUAACUUUAGUUCUAAAAUGGAUACUUUAUACAUAAUUUAGAGAUAUACACAUUUUUAGUCAUUUAGCAGACGCUCUUAUCCAGAGCGACUUACAGUUAGUGAAUACAUAAUUUUGUAUACUGGCCCCCCGUGGGAAUCGAACCCACAACCCUGGCGUUGCAAACACCAUGCUCUAUCAACUGAGCUACAUCCCUGCCGGCCAUUCCCUGCCCUACCCUGGACGACGCUGUGCCAAUUGUGCGCCGCCCAUGAGUCUCCCGGUCGCGGCCGGCUGCGACAGAGCCUGGAUUCGAACCAGGAUCUCUAGUGGCACAGUUAGCACUGCGAUGCAGUGCCUUAGACCACUGCGCCACUCAGGAGACAAUAUACAUCAAUAGGACAUAGGGAAUGCAGAGUUGGUUAUCGAACUGCAGCUCAUAUUGUAAAUUACAGUGGCCUUGUGCCCAACUAUGAUUACUCCACAAAGCCUAAGUGGUCCACAGUGAUCUAAGAGAUUGGUCCUGCGGCUGUAGAACAUUGGACAGACCUAUGUUGUGCCAGCUGGCUCGAACAAUCCGCUCCAAAAAUUGGUCUUGGUUUGUUCCGAAAGCGCUACAAGGUUUUUAAAAGGAACAAGAGCCCGUAUAAGGCCUUCGAAAAGGUCUUGCAGUCGAACACUGUGCAAAUUAACAUAAUUACCUGCAAUUUAUGACUUAUUUGGCAGUAACUAAUGCCAUAGACCUUCCCUUUUAAUGCAAGGAAGAUAACACAGCGACACUCCAUUUGUAAGUGCCUCAACUCAUUUAAAAACACUUUAGGAACUCUGCAUUGGGUCGUCAGCUCGGGUGGUGGUAUGCAAUUAUGGGGCCGAGACGUAGCAGAAAUCACAUCAGAUGGUCUCAUUUGCAUGUGUUAUGUGGACGUCCGCGUGGUAUGCCGACCUCCUAAUUACUUUUAGGCAACUUAAUGUAUUUCCUAUGGCCGACCGCGGUUUAUCACCUUGUAACAGUAUACACCACGAGGAGCCGCGGCUUGGCCGUAUCGUUAACACAUGCACACAAUACGCUCGUCUUCACCUAGUGGAAAUCCAUGGCAUAAAGAGAAACAUAGGCUUUUCAAUACGCCGUAAAACCUAUGUGUAAAUAAAUGAAGAGGCUGGGGAAAUGAUUGAAUCGUUAGUUGGUAUUGACGGUCAGAUUGAGUCAGCCAAAGGGAAGAUUGGUCUUUUGAGACCGGGCUGAAUAUAAUGUUGCACCACUGAGAACAACACAAACCUCUAUUAACCCCUGAGAGUGAGCGAGUCACUAUAGCUGCUUAUCUUGCUCACGUUUUCAUGUAUUCCGCUUCUCUUGGGGGUGCCUUGUGGCUUUACUUGUUGACGCAGUGAUUUCACAGGCACAUUCAUGCAGGUAACAUCAAUCCUGAAGGGAAGCGCUGUCAUGUUAGGCUUGGCAGCCUCCAUUACAGCUGUGAUGAGGGUGCUCCGCCUGAAACGAGCAAAACAAGAUAAUGUAUUUCCUGCCCUUCGCGCGACGUGUGCAUAUGGGAAAGCUAAUGAAUCCAGUGGCAUCUAUCCUAGAGAUAGGCGAGGCGUUGUACAGACCCAACAGCAAUGUGUCAAACUUCAACUGUACAUUCCAUGGUCGGAAGCAGAGAUAGUUUGAAACUCACAAAUUGAAAUUUGCCGGACUGGGGGUGAAUUCACUUUAAUGAUGGGGUGGUGAAGCUUUUAACUGAAAUAUUUUCCUUUCUUUGGCUGGGCUUUAGAGGUAAUAGGUGAAAAGCUGUGCCUGACCUCAGGAAUAUAGAUAUGGUAAUACAUAAAUAAAAAUGGCAAUGAAUGACCUUUCACUAAAGCUUUAGUUACUGUAUUUUCUAAUUUCAGGAUUCUGAGUAAAAGGCUUUACAGAUCAGUGUUUAUAGAAGAUGUAUUAAUUGUUAGACCUCUCGCACAGUGACCAACCAGAAUUUGAGCGAAGCCAUUUUUACCAAAUAUACUAAGAGUUUCCCCAAUACUCUUAUUAAAACUUUCCUUGAAAAACUGAGUGUGAAGAUAAAUGUGUGACUAUAAACCCAAGCAGAAAUACAUUACCCAGCAACCUGAAGUGGAGCUCUGCUGAACCUAAAGACCUGCUGAAAAUACCAGAUGCUCCCCACUGAAUUGGAUAUGUGAAAAUGCACUAUUUUAUAGUUACAUAACUAGGAAACGUAUUAUAUUAUGCAAACUGUUUGACUGCUCCGAUUAUGUUCCCUGGCGGGCUCUAGUGAUAAUGCCUUUCCCCUCAACCACUAAUCCCAAAAUGCCUUAAAUGUGUUAAGGCAACGUGCAUAUACACACUUAAAAUAACACUCAGAAUAAUACUAUCUGGAUUUCCGUUAAGAGAGCAUUCACCGGGCACUCCAAUUCCACCACUGAGUGCUAAAUGUUAUAUUCAUCUGCCUGAAUUAUCUCUAUCUGUGCUACUGUUAAAUUACCGUUUAUGACCAAGAACAAAAUGCACACAGUGAACUUUUUGACUGGGAUGUAAACAACAAUGUAUACAAAAUAGGCUACAACAAUGUGUAUACGCAGGUAACUGCCAAAAUAAAGGAAACACCAACCAAGUGACUUAAUAUGAUGCUGGGCCACCAUGAGCCAGAACAGCUUCAAUGCACCUUGGCAUUGAUUCUACAAGUGUCUGGAACUCUAUUGGAGGGAUGUGACACCAUUCUUCCACAAGAAAUUCCAUCAUUUGGUGUUUUGCUGUCUCAGGCGCCGCUACAGAAUAUUUUAUAAGUGUUCAAUUGAGUUGAGAUCUGGUGACUGAGACGGCCAUGGCAUAUGGUUUACAUUGUUUUCAUGCUCAUCAAACCAUUCAGUGACCACUUGUGCCCUGUGGAUGGGUGCAUUGUCAUCCUAUGUGGGCAUUGCCAUGGCAGACAUAAUAAUGGACUGCCCAGCAUUUUUAUACAUGACCCUAAGCAUGAUGGGAUGUUAAUUGCUUAAUUAACUCCGGAACCACACCUGUGUAGAAGCACCUGCUUUCAAUAUACCUUUUAUAACUCAUUUACUCACGUGAUUCCAUUAUUUUGGCAGUUACCUAUAUCUUGCUAGAGGGCGUUUGUUCACAAUAACCCAUCAAGGCAGUUCCAUAAUCCUUCAAAAGGCACAUCCUGCCAAAUCCUGAGGCCUGAUCCUAGCCUCCAUUGGCACUAAGCAGAGAAAUCUGGAUACCUCACACUCCCAGCAGAUAUGCGUAUGUCCUGUUCAUUGAAACCAAAUGCAGUGGCAUGAUCACACCCUUUAUUAGCACUAGCUAUAAUGCUUACUUACACUUCGCCAUAUCGUGUCAAAAUGCAGCCAAGGUGAAUGCUUCAUAAAAAUCUCAUCUGUCUUUACAUACAGUAGCAUUGCUGUCCUGCCAACAGAAGUAACACUGCAGUGAAGUAUCAAACAGUCCAUUUUGAUUGGUUGAAAUAUUAACCAGUCUGUUCAUCACAUUACCAUAACUGUUAUGGAAAGUGAUGAAAGGCUCACGCCAACACAGCUUCAUUCCUGAAUAUUCCUUUCUCUGUUCUUGCCCCUGAAUCAGUGUCAUAAAAUGGCUUCAUGUCUUUGAUUUUGUGAUAGCUUGGUUUCUAAUAGAAGUCAUGUGACAAGCAGUAUAUUGCUUUUUCUUUGUUGUCAUGGUAUCUGGAGCAUAUCCAAGCCAAUCAUUUUUUCGUGUCAUAACUGUUUACUGGAGUUGGUAGGUACCUCACACAUCCAACACUGUUUUGACAACAACUCGCUUAGCAGAUCCCUACGUUUGAACCCUUGAAUGCUACUCUAAAGUUAGUUGGCAGGCCGUGCCAGCAUAUCGCUCAGUGCACGGGAUCUCAAACCGGUGCUGAAAUCCGAGGCUUAUCAUGCAUUUGGUUCCCAUUAGAGGCGAGGAAUCCUCUGAGAACAUCACUCUUUCUAGAAAUAUGUGACCUAGAUAAGCGUCUUUAUGAGAACCACAAGGGAAGGCCUUUGCUCGACAGGGCUUUCGAGAGAAAGACAUUAGUUUCGGUUGAGUCGAUUACCAUAUCUGUCUCUCUCUCGCCCCAUCCUAAUUUUAACUGUUGGAGAAAAAAUAGACAAUGAUGAGUUGACAGUAAGUGUGUUGGUGCUCACCAGGGGGAGAUGCUAUUAGUGGUGGGUGGAUGUGUGUGUUCUGUUUCGGUAUUUAUUUGCAUAAAGAACGUCAUUUUUAUGUAUGCUUCUACCUCCAACUUUCAGUUAAAGAAAUCUGUUGAUAUGAUGCAAGUACACGGGUCAAGUACUGUUUUAUACUUCACACUUCAACAAUUACUCCAAGACAUCAAAAUUCCAUGAAACUAUAUACAUGGUACUUUAAUGAAAAGUGUGACUGACCACAACUUUUUUCAGGAAGCAACAAGCCACGCUUUCUUUAGUUACCUCAGUCCAGCAUGUUCAUCCACUCCUCCUAAUCCCGCUGUUAGACCUUCAUUACAUUUUAAUGGAGCUCCCCAGAGGACACAGUCACCAUUAUCUCUGCUGGGCUAAACCCAACCCCAGCUGCUGCUCUGCUGGAUAGUCCAUGGCACCGUUCUCAUUUAGCCUUCCCAUAACCGAGCCGCAAUCCGUGGCUGCAGCGUGCCUGUUCGAGCCCCGAUAAGCUUCUGGAUAUCGGAGUGUUGAUCUUGGCCAGUGCGAGAAGCCAGGUGCACCUGCAGUGAAGUAUGAACUCAAAUCAACUCUGCAGAGGGAGAGAAAAACAUGGCUUUCCUCCCAUGGUCCUCUAAGCUGUGUGUGCUCUGUGUUUAGAGUCUGGGUUGAUUUGGGUUUGUUAUGAUGAACGAGUAGACUGUCUGGAGGCUUCUCUGUUGUGGCCUCCUGAGACAGUGGCAGCAGAGUGCUUGGCAGGAUAGCUCUCUGUGUUUGACAGAGGGAAGAAAGAAAGACUGGAUUCAAUCCGUACUGCAGAAGUAUAGCGUAAGAUGCUCGUUAUAGCUCGAUUGAACUUUAAAGGCAAUGUUCCCGUGUUCAUAGAGACUGUAUUCACGGUAACGCUAUGUCGUCGCAAUCAGAAAUGACCUUUACAUUUUUAACGCAGAUCUUCCGCGAUACGGAUUGAAUCCAGCCCUUGAUUUAGGAUGAGUCAUGCUGUUACAGCAACAACAGGGGGCGGUGAAAGCCUUUUGAUGUCAUGACAAGAUCUAACAAGGAAGGUUUUAUUUAAAUUAAUGACGUCAUUUUCUUUCUUUUAUUCUUUCUUUUUCUCCUUUAGGUGUCCGAAGGCUCCCUGACAUGGAGAAGUCCAGCCCCAGCGUCCACUAUACCCUCCUGAUCGCCUGCGUCCUGGUGGCCUUCUUCCUCGGCGCCAUCCUCUCCGGCUUCCUGGUGUCAUGCUACUGCAGUCACAACGCCCGACCACGCCCGCCGGCUUGGCAAGGACCCUGAGGCGUCCAUCCACCCCGCCCUCUCGUUGCGCAGCCUGGCCAAGCUAAACGGCCUGCUGGACAGCCAGCCCAAAGAGGAGAAGCUGGACGUGUCCACACCCAAGAUGUACAGCUCCUUCAUUCCCAGUGGGAAGGAGCACACUCCGGGCAGGCACGGGUUGUCCCUGGGAGACCCGGACCUUAACCUCUCCCAAGGGGAGAAUCUCUCGGGCCUGCCCACCCCGGACUCCACCCCGGAGCUGCCCAUCAAGAACAUGAAGGCCUUCCGGAACCAGUGGGAGAGGAACCAAAACUGCAACAACGCCAAGGAGUCCAAGGCACCCCCCGGCACUGGCUUCAGCCUGGGUUCGUCAAGGUCCGUCACCCAGCAGGUGUUCCCCUUCUCUCACAGCCUGACCAACGGCCAAGCCCUGGGGCACCUGCCCGAGGAGAGGAAGAUCCCCAACGACGAGCGUGCGCAGGGGGCAUCGGCCUCCCACUCCUCCUCCUGCUGCCCACAGACGGUGGUGGACGUGGCGGCCCUGGACGAGCUCCUCAAGCACAUCCACGAGGUCAGUGCCUCUGGCAGCCGCAGCAUAACUGUGCUGACCUCACCGUGUGCCCCCCUACCGGGUAGCUCCAGUUCCAGCCAUAACCACAGCAGCUUCAGAUCCCAGCCCCAGAUCCCCGAGACAGAGUCAGCCACGUACUACAGCUCCUCCACCCUGCCUAGGGACAGUCUGACCCGCCGCCUGGACGUGCCCCCGGACACCGCCGCCGCCGCCUCCUCCUCUGCCGGCGCCACCCCGCUGCAACAGCAGUCCAUCCCCGAGCGGAGCGCAGUGACUCGCCACCACUCCCAGAGGCACUUAAUGAUCAAGAUGGGCAACGGAGGGGCCGUCCCACGCCAACACAGCUUCAGACAGGGCGUGGGUGGGCCGCCACCCCACCAGCUGCUCACCCGGAUGAACUCGGGAGGUGGUGGCGGGGGAGUGGUCGGCUGUGAGGCCCACCAGCCGCUCAUCCCCAGUGCCUGCCUGACACGGCAGCACAGCUACAGCGAACCGCCCCACCUCCACCGCGCCGCCAUCGUACGCCGCACGGCCUCCCUCAAGCCCCAGGUGCCCCCCAAACCCCUCUUCCUGCCCGCCACUUCACCCGUAAACGAGCAAGGAAAGUACAACUACUGA